CCGCAUCUAGCCAGCUGUCCUAAUGAAUGAGGCGGAGGAUCUCCAGCAUUGCUUCUCAGUGAUAUAACUGCAAGGAUAUUAAUUUCACUAACAGUACCUUUAGAUAUCACAAUGCAGACCCUCACACCCCACGUGUAUUGGGCACAGCGUCAUGCAGACAUCUACCUGCGUGUGGAGCUGAGUGACGCUAAGAAUCUUGAUAUCUGCGUGCAAAACAACACCCUGCAAUUCAAAGCUCAGGGUCACGGAGCUAAAGGAGACCAUGACUAUGAGUUCAGUCUGGACUUCCUGGAACCAGUAAAACCUGAGGUUAGUCACAGGUCGACCCAGCGCCUGGUAAAUGUGACAGUGAGGAAGCAAGAGCAGCGUUGGUGGGAUAGACUCACUCUGCAGGAGAGGAAACCUCUCUUCCUGGCGCCAGACUUCGACCGUUGGCUCGACGAAUCAGACGCGGAGAUGGAGCUUCAGGCUAAGGAAGAGGGGAAGAUAAACAAGGUCAGCAUCGAGUCAAGGAUCCGUAAAGACCCCUACCUGGGCCUGAAGAAGGGCUAUCUGUUCAUGUACAACCUCGUCCAGUUCCUGGGCUUCUCCUGGAUCUUUGUCAACAUGACCGUUCGUCUCUUCAUCCUGGGACAAGACUCGUUCUAUGACACGUUCCACACCAUUGCUGACAUGAUGUACUUCUGUCAGAUGAUGGCCGUAGCAGAGGUCAUGAACCCUCUAGUGGGUCUGGUCAAGACAGGGGUGUUCCCUGCUAUGAUCCAG